UGCGCGCCCCGCCCCUAUAUAAAGGCGGGAGCGGGCGGUGCCGGCGGCGCCGCAUUGCAGACGGGCACGGAGGGGCAGCGAUGGCGCGGCCGCUGAUCCUCGGGCUCCUCAGCCUCCUCGGGCUCCUGGCCGCCGCCGUGGCCAGCCCUGUGCUGUGGCAGAAGGAGUGUGCCAAGGGGCCGGAGGUGUGGUGCCAGAGCAUUCGCACGGCCUCGCAGUGCGGGGCAGUCAAGCACUGCCAGCAGAACGUCUGGAACAAGCCUGCCGUGAGCAGUAUUCCCUGUGACUUGUGUAAGGAGCUUGUGACGGUUGCUGGCAAAAUUUUAAAGGAUAAUGGCACUGAGGAUGAGAUCCGCUCUUACUUGGAAAAGACCUGUGAGUUUCUUCCUGACCCAGGCCUUGUCUCUGAGUGCAAAGAAAUUGUGGAUUCCUACCUACCAGUUAUCAUGGAUAUGAUCAAGGAAGAGUUUGAUAAACCUGAGGUGGUGUGCAGUGCCCUUGCUCUGUGCCAGUCCCUUCAGAAGCACCUUGCAGCAAUGAAGCUCCAGAAACAGCUCCAGACCAACAAGAUCCCAGAGCUGGAUUUCUCCGAGCUGGCAUCCCCAUUCAUGGCUAACGUGCCUCUUCUCCUUUACCCUCAGGACAAGCCCAAGCAGAAGCCUAAGGCGAGUGGGGAUGUGUGCCAAGAUUGCAUUCAGCUGGUCACUGAUGUUCAGGAAGCUGUGAAGACAAACUCCUCUUUUGUGAAAUCUUUGGUUGCUCAUGCCAAGGAGGAGUGUGACCGUUUGGGACCUGGCAUGUCCGAUAUGUGCAAGACCUACAUCUCUGAGUAUUCUGACUUGGCCAUCCAGAUGAUGAUGCACAUGCAACCAAAGGACAUUUGUGCCAUGGUUGGCUUCUGUUCUUCUGUGAAGUCUGUUCCCCUUCAGCCUCUGGUGCCAGCUCAGGUGGUUCAUGAGGUGAAAAUGGAAAUUGUGGAGAAGGCCUCAGUUCAAGAGAAGACUUUUUCUGUGUGUGAAAUCUGUGAGACCAUGGUGAAAGAAGUGACUGGCCUCUUGGAGAGCAACAAGACAGAGGAGGAGAUUGUGCAUGAGAUGGAGGUGGUGUGCCGCCUGUUCCCAGGGAGUGUCAAGGACCAGUGCAAGGACUUCAUCGAGGUCUACGGCCAGGCUGUGAUUGACAUGCUCUUGGAGGCAACAAAUCCUGAGGCUGUGUGUGCCAUGCUGAAAUGCUGUGCAGCCAGCAAGCUUCCCCAGCAGCCAGCUGUAGUGAAACCUGCAGGUGGCUUCUGUGAUAUCUGCAAGAUGGUGGUGGCUUAUGCAGACAAAGAGCUAGAGAAGAAUGCCACGACAGCUGAAAUUGAAGCUUUACUGGAAAAAGUCUGUCACUUCCUGCCAGAGUCUGUCAGUGAACAGUGUGUGCAGUUUGUGGAACAGUAUGAACCUGUGGUUGUGCAACUCUUGGCAGAGGUGAUGGAUCCCACUUUUGUUUGCACUAAACUCGGAGUGUGUGAGUCAGCUAAAGAGCCUCUCCUGGGGAAUGAUGCCUGUGUCUGGGGUCCAGGCUACUGGUGCAAGAACAUGGACACUGCUGCUCAGUGCAACGCUGUUGAUCACUGCAAACGUCAUGUGUGGAACUAGAAGAAGAAUUUCCAGUUCUGAAAGUUUGCCAUGGCUCUUAGGAAAUGUGGGCCGAGGUUGGCAGAGAGCUGUAUCUCACCUGUCCCUCCUCUCUGCCUCAUUAACAAUUUGACCUUCAAGUUCCUUUGUUGUAACUCUUCUGUAGCAGUGCUGCUGUUGAAGGAUCAGAUUUUCAUUGUUGACUUAACAAAGAUAUUUCUGAUUGUACAGUUUAACCCAUUAUGCUCCUAAAAAUAGUCAGUGUGUUGUAGAUUUUUUUUUUUAAUUGGUAGGCUGAAGUGUUUAUGUGCUGGGAGGAAUGACAGAGAUGGUGAAAUGAGACAAGGCUCUUAUCUUUUAAUUUCAAAAAAAAAGAGCAAGAUAGCGACUAAACUUUCAAAUGUUUUUCUGUAGGCAGCAUUGGGAAGAUUUUACAUGCUUUGCAUUUUUAACAUCAGGCUGAAAUGUUUAUUUUCUGUGUAUGGGAACUCUAAGGGAUAAUGUUGAAUCUGGGAAUCCUUUUGGCUGGAAUUUUCAAAGCUCUGCAGACACAGAGGAGUGGACUUUGUGUGCCCAGCUAGCUUUCAAAGCCACUGAUAAUGAAAAAGAUGCAUUGGAGUGAUCAG